GGAGAACCCACUAAAAGUGAAAGGCCACCUUCCACUAGCUCACAAACGAAUCACGAAACGGACAAUUCCCAGGAACAAAACCCAACCAAACUGUUAGCUCAGAACACGGCAAGUUGCGAUGACCAGUGUAAAAGAGAAGAUACUCCCAAAGAGGAGGACCAAACCCAAACUAAACAAGACAUACCUGUGGCAUUUGCCAUUCCUUCUCACGAGACCUUUUUUCCCUCUGGUUACCUUAUUCCUCUCGCUCAGUGCACCCAUGGCAAUGAGGCAGCCCUGUCUAAUACGGAGAAAGCCAGGAUCUGUUCCCUGCAGCACACUACCUACCACUCACCCGUCGCUGGUGUCAUUCCAGUGACAGCAUCUGAACUGCAAGCAGUUUUUUCUUUCCACAUCACGCCCCUGAACAUAAUGCUCUCGCCAACUUCUAUCGCUGCCGCGCCUGUACUGAGCAACUCCUGCCUCAAUUCAAGCAACACCAGUUCUGCCCAAAGUCCAAGUUCUUCAGUUCUGAACUUCACGCUGCAGCACAUAGGACUAAUACCUGCUGGAAUGCAAGUUCCUGCAAAUCCUCUUCUUCAGCACGUGCCAGUCUCUUCCCAGCCAGACGACGUUAGCCACGGCUCAGACGGCGUGAACUCGCAAGAAGAGAAGCGUCCUGUCCCAAAGGAACCCCAAGAGCCCCGGACAGUUAUGGAAAAUUUUUUCCGCACGCCAGGAGGGCCCAACACGGAACCGUCACCGGCCACAACUUCAAAUGGUGCUAUUAGAACCUCUCAAGGAACGCCGUAUAUUCCUCAACGAAAACUUGAAGUGUCAGAAGACCAAUCCUGA